AUGACGAUCACGUUUGCGACAGACAUGAACCCCAUCUCGUUCAGCUCCGACCCUACCGCGUACGAACUGCCCACCGACGGCGCCGCCGACCUACUCGUCUCCUCGCCGCCCGCAUCCCCAGCCCUCGGGGCCACCCGUGUCUCGCACGCGAAGAAACGUGAUGCGUCGUACAUUCCCCGCCCGCCGAACGCAUUUAUCCUGUUCAGGUCCUCCUUCAUCCGCGCACAGCAUAUCCCGGGCAAGAUCGAGGGGAAUCACAGCGCUCUCUCAAAGAUCAUCGGUAAAUACUGGAAGUCCCUCCCGAGGGAGGAGAGAGAGGUCUGGGAGGCACGGGCGAUUGUCGCCCAGGCCGAGCACCGCAAGAAGUACCCAGACUGGCGGUUCAGACCCAGCGCAAACGCGCUCGCAAAGGUCAAAGACGGGCCCAAGCGGCGUGCCAAUAGGAAGGGGAGAGGCGAGGCAGAGAAGGAGGUGCGCAGUCGCGAAAAAAGGUGCGCCAGGAUCGCUGCUCUCCUCGUCGAGGGCAAGACGGGCUCGGACCUCGAGGCCGCCGUCAAGGAAUACGAUAGCGUCGCGAAGGAGGCCAGUCAGGUCAAAGAAGAGGGCAGCGUUCCUCCGGAGGCGGCUACUCCAACCCCCGGAGAGCUCCAGGACGCGAAUGUUGGGUCGCGGGCCGCCCAGACUGAGCCUACUGUCGAGGUUGGCCCGCCGAAGCCCACGGAGAGUGACUCUCUUCUCCCACACAAGCCUGUUGAUGGGGGCGGCACCCCGGCCAGGGCUCCCGGACGCGUCAGCGACGCCCGCUUCAACGUGCCCUUGACUGCCAUGUUCAAGCGCUCCUCGUCUGCCCCCGCAUCGCACACGCGCAACAGCAUCGCCUAUUUCGAUGAUUCGAGCGCAUACAUCUCCGCCGGACGUCGGUACUCUGUCGACACCACCGCCCCGUUCGCAGCCGCGUCGCUCUUUGCAGGCAGCCUUCUCUCGCCUCCCCGCAGACACGAGGAUACACCACGUGUGGAUGCUGGGGACAACGUGCCCAGCACGCAUCCCUCGCUUCCGGGAUUCUGCAGCCCCAGAGACUUUGUGUCCUUCGGUGGCAGCACCGAGCAGUGGCACCAGCCUACCGUUGAGUUGUUUGACACAGGCUUUCCCGCCCGUGCGCAGCUGACGUCCGCCCUGCACAUUCUCCCGGCACAGGGUUUUGGUCCCAGCACCGUAUCGGCGGACUGCUGGAGCCCUCCGCUUCCCGCGUUCGUCCCAGACACAGAGGGCUUCCCCAGCCCGGCGCACUCGCCCCCGCCCGCCGUUCCCCUCGCGCUCGACGACGGCGACUGCUGCGCAGACCUGGCCGACCUCACGAGGAUCGCAGCACAGGGCGUGCCGAGCGAUCUCUUCCGGUCAUCGUACUCAUCGCUGAAGGGCUGGGCCGGGGACUCGACGUCGCUCGUUCCCCCGCUGAUUGUGCCCCCGGCGGAUGCAGUUGUCAUGCGCGAUGCAUUUGAGGCCGCCGCUGCCGCUGCCGCGUUCGCAGAGUGGCCUGGCACGGGCGUGGCGGUCGCCGCCCCAGCGACGUAUUCGUGCCAUUGGAGCGACCCGACGGACUGGCAAGGUUUGCAGUACUAUGCGCAGGGCCUGCAGGACUUGGACUGCCGUCAGGGCCACGGGCUUUACUACGACUGA